AUGUACUCUAUAUUAUUGAUUAUCAUAUUGUCUCUUGUAGCUGGAUACUAUACAUUCUACAGGAAACAGAAACACUAUGGAGUAAUCCAAAACAUUAAACCAGUUCCACCAACUUUCACUUGGGAAAGUCAACCACCAUUGCCAAUUAGACCAUUUGUUAACAAACGAGAUUUUAAUCCAAGUAUGGGUGUGAAAAACAUUGGUAAAACUCCUGAAGAUUGGUUAUUAAUUGAAGAUACUUAUUUAUCCAAUAUUAAAUUACGUAAGAAAUCUUUACAAUUACAACCUGAAAUCAUGUCAUAUGUUUAUAAUAAUGAAAUAUCAAAACAAUCAUUAGGAGAAUUUUAUAAUUUUAUGGUUGAAUUUUUAAUUCAACGAUAUCCAAUGUAUUUCAAAACAAACAUUUUUUCAAAUUUAGUUACAAAUAUCAUUACAAAUGAUGAACCAUUUCCGAAAACUUCAAAAUCUUUAACUUCUGAUGAGAUUAUGAAUAUAAUUGCUAGAAAUAUUGAAGAAGAUUUUUUAAUUUUAAUAAAAGAUAAUCCUGAGGACAAAUCUGAAGAAUAUAUACUUAGAUCAUCACUUAAUAGUUUCCCUGCUGGAUUUGAUCCAUCAGUUAAUUUCAAUCAACCAGUUUCAUUUAUUCAUAAGCCAGUACCACAAUAUAAAUCAAGGUUACAAUUCACUAUGGGGAAAUUUUUCAAUAAUAUGAAGGAAAAAGAUAUGUGGGUACGUCAUAAUUGGUCUAUUCAAACUCAUGGGAAUUUAUUUAAUGUUGGUUCAAAUCAUGGUCGAGAAGGUGAUGAAUUAAUUCCAUUAAAAUAUGAAGAAAUUGAUUUUGAAAAUGGAUGCUUUUUAAGAUGUGAAAGACAAGUAUUUAUAAGAUUACCAAAAACUAAACUGAUUGUCAUGACUAUUAGAACAUAUUUAACACCAAUUGAUAAAAUCAAACAAGAAGGUAAUGCUAAGGAAUUAAUUAGAGGAAUUGACUCCUUACCAGAAGAUCUUGCAUUUUAUAAAAAAAGAGGAGUGUGGGGCCAAGCCGUGAAAGAAUAUUUAAAUAAUGAAGAUUGA